AUGGUUUCUUCGGGAGAGCUCCAUCCGGAGCAACUCGAAGUGAGCGCUGAUCCUCAUCGCCCGCCCGAGGAAGACGGAGAAGAGGACGAAGAGAAUGAGGAAGCGCUCUCGCUCUGCGAUCUUCCCAUCUACAGCAGCUCGGCCGGUUGGGACGAUGAAUUCGCUGACGCGGGCAAGCGUCGGAGCUCGGCUGCGGACCAAGAUUUCUUCGAAUUCUCGAGCGAGGACUUCUCGAAUUCCUUCACUUACCCGUCCGACAACAAGAUCGUCUUCUGCGGGAAAAUCAUCCCGUACAGAUUGCCACCAGACCAAACUCAAAAGCCCCAGAGCAAGAAUCAGGACCGGAACAAACCCAAGAAGAAAAGAGGCUUCUUCCUGUUCAGAUGGGGAUCUCUCCUCUCCAACAAAUCGAGAAACAGCUGUUCGAGGCCUGGGCGAAUGUCGAGCUCCAAGUCGCUGCCGCUGGAGCUCGAGAAGUACAAGUGCGGGUAUGGGUACAUGCCGAACAAGUGCGUGGAUGAGUAUGAUUUCGCCAAGGUGAAGAUCCUGACGCCUCCGUUGAAGUCGAGGUGGUACCUGUUCUUGUUCGGGCUGAAGAGGUUGCCGGCGGAGAUGGAGCUGACCGACAUCAGGACGAGGCAGAGUCGGAAAACUCCGUCGACCAUGUUCCGAUCCGGCGAUGUCGAAGUGGUCAAGAGAGGAACGAGGAGUGCUAAGAACGUGCCGAGGUCGAGUGGCCAUGCACUUAGAGCGGUGAAGAAGACGAUGGGCUGCAUGCCAUACGUUUGA